UCUCAUUCAUAAUUAAGAUAUUAAGAUCAAGAAAAGAAAAAACAAGAAGAAUGGCAAAAGCUAUGGAGGUUUGGGUGGGAGAGAUGAAAAAGAUGAGUGAGAAGAUAAACCCAAGAAACCCAUUGAUGCAAAGGAACAAGACAUCCUCUCUUGUGUCAAAACAACAACAAGGAUCAGAAGAAGAAAGAGGACUUCAACAAAAGACAUUAAGAGAGAAAGAGGAAGCUGCAACUAUGUCUGAGCUCACUGUUUGUCUUCUCAUGGACCGUUUUGUUCCUUGGUGAUCUUUCAAUACCCAACUACUUCUAGAUAUUUCCUUUUAGUGACGUGUAUAAUAUAUCUAGAAUUUCAUGUAUAUGAUAUAUAUAUAUAUAUAUAUAUAUAUAUUAGCUGUUGUUUAUUUAGAACAUGUUUUAAAAUUUCCUUGUAAAUCUAUGUUUAAAUAUCUUUUGAAAGUAAGUAAAUAAAUCUGAAACAUAUACAAUGUUUAA